AUGGGUACUGAAAAUGGAACACUGCUGACAGAGUUUAUUCUCACAGGACUUACAUAUCAACCAGAAUGGCAAAUCUCUCUGUUUUUGGUAUUUUUGGUGAUAUACCUCAUCACCAUUGUGGGAAACUUUGGUCUAAUAGCUCUCAUCUGCAAUGACCCUAAACUUCACAUUCCAAUGUACUUACUUCUUGGGUGUUUAGCCUUUGUGGAUGCUUGGAUAUCAUGCACAGUCACCCCCAAGAUGCUGGUGAACUUCCUAGCUAAGAGUAAGAUGAUAUCUCUUUCUGAAUGCAUGACACAAUUGUUUUCCUUUGCAUUCAGUGCAACCACAGAAUGUUUUCUGCUGGCAACAAUGGCAUAUGAUCGCUAUGUAGCUAUAUGCAAACCAUUAUUUUAUCCAGUGAUUAUGACCAAUAGACUAUGCAUCCAGCUGGUACUCUCAUCAUUUGUAGGUGGUUUUCUUCAUGCCUUAAUUCACAUAGGAUUUUUAUUCAGAUUAACCUUCUGUAAUUCUAAUAUAAUACAUCACUUUUACUGUGACAUCCUGCCAUUGUUUAAGAUUUCCUGUACUGACCCUUCAAUUAAUGUUCUGAUGGUUUUUAUUUUCUCUGGAUCAAUACAGGUGUUCACAAUUGUGACUGUUCUUGUCUUUGUCUCUUAUGCACUUGUUAUCUUUACAAUCUUAAAAAAGAAAUCUCUACAGGGCAUAAGGAAAGCCUUCUCCACCUGUGGAGCCCAUCUCUUAUCUGUGUCUUUAUACUAUGGCUCUCUUCUCUUCAUGUACGUGCGUCCUGGAUCUGCACAAGCAGAUGACCAAGCUAUGAUGGAUUCUCUCUUUUAUGCUGUCAUCAUUCCUUUGUUAAAUCCAAUAAUCUACAGCCUGAGAAAUAAGAAAGUUACAGAUUCACUGGCAAAAAUGUUGAGGAGAAAUUUUUAG